GACGGGGCUGGCCGGCGUGCUCAGCUGCCAUUGGCUGUGGACUCCCGGGAUUGGGGAUAUAAGACUGCGCCCGGAGAACAGUGCCCUAACUGUGCGGACCAGACUCGGCUACCGCAACGGCCACGCAGCUCAACCGAGCAGAACCAGCGAAGACCGGCAGSAUCUUUGGCAGGGAGUCGGCAGCUCCAUGGAGAACGAAUUCACAUAUGAAGAUUAUAAGAAGACUGCAGAAUGGCUUCUCUCUCGUACCAAGCACCGACCUCAAGUGGCAGUGAUCUGUGGUUCUGGCUUAGGGGGCCUGACCAAUAAAUUAACUGAGGCCCAGUUCUUUGACUAUAGUGAGAUACCAAACUUUCCCCAAAGCACAGUGCCAGGUCAUGCUGGCCGACUGGUGUUUGGGUUCCUGAAUGACAAGGCCUGUGUGAUGAUGCAAGGCAGAUUCCACACAUAUGAAGGCUACCCCCUCUGGAAGGUGACAUUCCCUGUGAGGGUUUUCCGGCUUCUKGGUGUGGACACCUUGGUGGUCACCAAUGCAGCUGGAGGGCUCAACCCUAGUUUCGAGGUUGGGGAUAUCAUGCUGAUUCGUGAUCACAUCAACCUACCUGGUUUGGGUGGUCAGAACCCUCUCAAAGGGCCUAAUGAUGAAAGGUUUGGAGUUCGUUUCCCUGCCAUGUCUGAUGCUUAUGACCGGAACAUGAGGGAGAAGGCUCUCAGUACCUGGAAACUAAUGGGAGAGAAUCGAGAGCUACAGGAAGGCACCUAUGUGAUGGUGGCAGGCCCCAGCUUUGAGACUGUGGCAGAGAGUCGMCUGCUGCAGCAGCUGGGGGCAGAUGCUGUUGGCAUGAGCACAGUACCAGAAGUUAUAGUUGCACGGCACUGUGGACUUCGAGUCUUUGGCUUCUCCCUUAUCACUAACAAGGUCAUCAUGRAUUAUGAAAGCCUGGAAAAGACGACUCAUGAGGAAGUAUUAGAGACUGGAAAACAAGCUGCAAAGAAACUAGAAAAGUUUGUCUCCAUUCUUAUGGCCAGCAUUCCCCCCCCUGACAAUACCAUUUGACCAGCCCUGGAGUGGUCCAACCGCUAAUGGGAUCCAAGUAACURCUACCUUCUUUGGCCCUUUUCUGGGUCAUGUGCCUCUACCCUUCCACAAUAGCAGAAAGGAAAGGAGUGGAAGAUCCCCGUGAAGAUCCCUUCACCUUCUCCACUUUCCCACCAGAUACUUCUGGUACCAGAUCCUCUUGCUCAAUUGUCUUCUCAAAGCAGUUUGUUUUCACCUCCAUUCUUUGUAAGAGAUAGAGCUCAUGCUCUGUCACACCUGGGGAUAUACCCAUGGUUUGACAUAGGCCUUUGACUGUCACACAAUAGCUCCUACUACUGCCUCACCUAAAGCACUAGAGACCAAACAAGACCAGCCCAGAACCUCCUGGAAUUUAAUUAAUAUCAUAAUGUUUUUACAAUAAAGAGAGAUGAAAUAAUUUUUCAUUUUUUGGUGCAAUUUGGUGUGAGGCUGGGGCACAGCCCAACACUGGCAUGAAAAGGUGUGAGACCAAAUAUCUUGUGUGACUGUCUGCUUCUCAGACAAGUAGCUGAGAAUAGGGACAAGAUGAUGUGUGAGCAGCAAAGGAUGAAGAAAAAAGCCAAAUGUUGGAAGAUGUUAUAAGCUGAGGGAGGGCUAACUUCUGAACCGAUAACCACUUCUUCAGACCAGUCUUUGCCUCUGUUCUUUCUUCUGAUUGUUUCAUUCCCUUUCUACCCUCAUGAAUAUCUGAAUUUAUUAAGCCCCUUACAUAUCUCUUCUUGCAUUACUUCCCCUCUACUCUCGAAUUCUGUAGCCAUACUCUCCAUCACUACAUUCUGACAAUGUAGUGGCAAGCAUCCUUUUGUCUGCUGCCAGUGGCCCCCCUGCUGACUGGAUUCCUGCCAGUCCACGCCAACCUCUGAAGUUAGUUCAUACCCAGCUUUUUUGAGGCCCUUCUUUCUUCCUACUCUUUGCUUUCUGGGCUGUAGUCCUUUCAUUUUUGCUUGAUCAGAACGUUCCUAUCAUGCUGCAUGUAGGCAUUGUUACUCAAUUAGCUGGCAUUCAGCUGGCUGGCAUGAUUGAAACCACACUUCCCUCUCAAGUUUAUGUGCCUUUUAGGAAAGGACAGUACCAGCUGGUGCUGCGCCCCUCCUCUGACUCAGGCAAUGGCAAGGCRUCCAUCCUCUGGAGGAGCGCAGUAUGUUUCUGGGAAUGGGCUGGUUUGUUUUUGUAUUCCUUUAAGAAGUAUUCGACUUCUCAUAUGACCAUUAAGUAUGAAGGAGAAAACAUGACUUUCUCAAUAAAUGCAACUGCUUCUAAAGAAUAAAUCUGUUUGCUCUAAAUGCAAUGAUUCAGCUGUGGAACGUAAAUUGUUAAUG